AACUAUUCUGCCAAAUCAUAACGUACGCGUUUUAUUUGAGCUUAGCAAAUCUUUUCUCGAAAUAUUGAGCAUCCAUAGUGGUUAUCAAUCUCAAUUUUAUUUACUUGCCACACUGAGAUCAGUGUUUUCACCUGUCUGCACACCUCUGUGAACGUAACCGUAUCUUAUCGUGGCGUCUAGAAUAUAGCCACAAAGCAUGUGUAUUUUUCUUCGAUUUGGUAAAAACAUGCUCCUUGAUAAAGGCAAUCAUUUGAUAUUUUCGAUACGCUAAUCCUCGUACAGUUUCAUUCGAUCAAUACGGUAAUACAACACAUCUCGAAAGCCUUCAGAUGCAGUGCCAAGUCAAACGUUAAUCAGUACACACUGGCUCAAGCAGUUAUACCUGGAACAUGAAGAGCAUUGCGGAUGUUUUUUGUGAUUACGAUAGAAGUGACUUUUACUCCGGUUCGUUUUUAAAUCUAGAUGAUACGUUGUUUCAACACAUUUUAGAUCAUGGCGCGAAUGACUCUUUAUCACCCUCUCACACGAGCGAGUCGAGAUUCACUCCUGACCAGUCUAUGGAUAGUAAUAAGAACUAUAGUUUAGAUAAUUGCCAAAGCAGUGCAAACAAUCAAUGUAACAUAUGUAGCGAUAGAGCCACGGGGAAACACUAUGGAGCUGCGUCUUGUGAUGGCUGCAAAGGAUUCUUUCGGCGCAGCGUACGGAAAAACCAUUCGUACACUUGCAGGUUUUCUCGCAAUUGUGUUGUUGACAAAGACAAACGAAAUCAGUGUAGAUAUUGUAGGCUAAGGAAGUGCUUCAAGGCUGGUAUGAAAAAAGAAGCUGUUCAAAAUGAAAGGGACCGCAUCAGUUGCAGGCGACCAAGUCUGGAAGAGGUAGAUACGUCUAAUGGACUCUCGGUAAAAUUUUUACUACUGGCAGAAAACCGUAGUCGUCAUUUUGGUGCAGCACUGGAUGAUGCAUACGACGGUGAUGGUGAUUUGUCAAACAAGAGAUUUGCUAGCAUAAAUGAUGUAUGCGAUUCAAUGAAGCAACAGCUGCUAAUUUUGGUGGAAUGGGCCAAAUCGAUACCAGCUUUUGUGGAGCUACAACUGGAUGAUCAAGUUGCUUUGUUGAGAGCCCAUGCAGGAGAACACUUGCUCUUGGGAUUAUCGAGACGAUCUAUGCAUCUGGAAGAGAUGCUUCUGCUCGGAAAUAACUGUAUUAUAACUAAACAGUGCCCGGAUUCAAAAGUGUCACCGAAUCUCGACAUAUCUAGAAUAGGUGCAAGAAUCAUCGAUGAGCUCGUUAGUGCCAUAAAAGAUAUAAAACUUGAUGAUUCAGAGUUGGCUUGCAUAAAAGCUUUAGUAUUCUUCGAUCCAACUGUUAGGGGCCUUAAUCAACCACAAAAAAUCAAAACUCUACGGCAUCAAGUUUUAAACAAUUUAGAAGACUACGUUUCUGAUAAACAGUAUGACUCUAGAGGCCGAUUUGGAGAGAUAUUGCUCUUAUUACCAGUGCUGCAAUCAAUAACAUGGCAAAUGAUACAGCAAAUAGAGCUGGCCAAAAUGUUUGGCGUGGCUCAUAUCGAUAGUUUGCUACAAGAAAUGUUACUAGGUGAUACAAUCGAAAAUACAGCGCCAACUACUCCCCCUUUGAAUAGCUUCCCGAAUAGCAGUAACAGCCCUCCGCAAGUUUUGUCCUGCGAUAAUACCCCACGACCGAAUGCAAUGGACACAUCGCCAAGUAAUCCUGCAACUACUUCCUCAAACUGUGACACAAUGGACUCUGAGAGCAUCGAUGGAACUAACAGGAUGAUGGCUCCGGCUAUGAUUGAAGACAUUAGUAAUUACAAUAUGCCGCAACCUAAUAGUAACUUUCAGCGAGAUGAGAAUGUUCAAAAUUAUAUACAUCCAUCUAAUGAUGAUGUUUAUAACAGUCAAUACAUUUCACCAUCGUCUUCCGGAAUGCACCCUGUACAUGCAUCUGCCAAUCGGCAUCAACAAACGAAUGUUUUAUUACCUGUUAACCAAUUAAGUCGCGAAGAUUAUCUAAAGCUUGAACGUGAACUGAAGCGGGAACCUGAAGCAAAUGGAUACUGAUUUGUUUAAUAUUUUGUGAUGUUCCUUUCUAAAAUAAUACAAAAAAGCGAGAGGUGCACAUUAGUUGUUAUUAGGUUUAGGGCAAUGGGCAUGUUGGAAUUUAGUGAAUAUCUCUUUUCAGAGGUGGCUUGCGCAAUAAAAUAGUUGUUAUUAUCAA